AUUUUCAUGUUCUUAAACGGAAAAAAAAAAAAAAAAAAAAGAGGAAUAAAAAUCUCGCCGCCCAUCUGAUAUUAUGUAUCCGUUUGGUCGGUAGUGACAAGUUUAAAUUCCGAAAACAAGCGAAGCCAUAAUAUCUUUAUACGUUUGUGGCGAAAAAAUGGCGGCAGCUCUGUGUUCCCUGAAGCUGCAGCUCCGCCACUACUCCCAUCUCCCCCUUCCUAAGACCACCACCAGCGCCAACGCCGCCGCCGCCACGAGUUUGGAUAUCAAUGGGAAGACCGAUAGAGAAGGAGAUUAUGAUCCCUUCUGUGAGAGUAACACUAAAAGCAAAAGGAGAGAGAUUUUGCUCCGGUUAGGAGCUGCUGCUGCAGGGUUGAUCCCUGUUCCUCUAGUAUCAAAUACACCUCUUGUCCUGGCUGAUGAAGAUGCGACUCAAGAGUUUCGUCUAUACUUGGACGAUGUCAACAAGUAUAAGAUAAUGAUCCCUCCAGAUUGGCAGGUGGGAAGCGGUGAAGGUGAUGGGGUAAGGUCCCUUACCGCCUUCUAUCCUCAAGGUUCUUCUGCUUCAAAUGUUAGCUUGGUGAUCACGGGCCUUGGUGCUGAUUUCACUAGGCUGGAGUCCUUCGGAAAAGUUGAUGCUUUUGCAGAGAAUUUGGUUGGUGGGCUAGAUAGAAGCUGGCAGAGGCCACCUGGCGUCACGGCAAAACUAGUUGAUUCUAAAUCUGCUAAUGGAUUGUACUACAUAGAGUACACGCUCCAAAAUCCUGGCGAAAGUUGUAGACACCUGUUUUCGGUGCUUGGGAUAUCAAAUAAUGGCUGGAUCAACAGAUUGUAUACUCUAACAGGCCAGGUGAUUGUGCAUAAAAUUUUCUUUUGUGACCUUUGAAGGCAUUUUUAGUACAUAUAAUCAGUCCUGAUCUGAGUGAUCUUCUGAUGCAAAUCUUAUAUCUCCUGGCUUGAUGAAUGACGCAACAUCAACAAUGCAGUAUAUAGAAGAGGAAGCAGAGAAAUACGGACCAAAAGUCGAAAAGGUGACAUUAUCGCACAAGCAGGCCUACUUUGUGACUAUGUCUUUCCAUAUUGUAUACUUGUAUUGACUGAUUAUAACAACAUGAUUUGCUCCUCUUACAGGCUGUUGCUUCUUUCAGAUUAAUCUAGUGGAUCCUUGUGUAUUUUUCUGUUGGUAACUGUAAAAAUCAAGGCGAGUGAGACAGCGAAUCUGAUCUUAGUAGGUACUUGGUACAUGGUAAGUGAAACCAAACUGUAAGAUUUUUGGUGAAUGUUGAGUCGGACUAAUUUUUUGGGAGUUGUCUUUGCCCUAAAAAGAAACUUCUUCAUUGGUUUCUCUUGCUUUUUUUUUUCUUAGGAAGAAAAUUUUGUCAAUCUACUUCUAUCUUCUGUUUCUUGGGUGAACUUGGAGUAAAUUGGAUCAGAUGUGGUGUUAGGCCUUCUAAAUUUAAGGUGUUCUGCC